UUUUAAAAAACUGAGGGUUUGCAAAAUUUAGUAAAAGCUCUCGCUUCUCACGCAAAUUCCAUGGCAGAAAAAUCAGAUACGUGGCGCUAGGGUUUAUAUACUUCAUCCCCAGUGUAGAGUUUCCGUAGUUUUAACCGUCGGCUGUUAGAUAAGGGAAACAGAGCGAGAGAGAAAUGGGGUCUAGAGAUAGGGACCAAACGACAUCGCAUCACCAGCCACUCAUUAGCAGCCUCGUUGUGGGGCCUUCGGCAAGCGACGGAGCUGAUGGCGGUGCCGACGGAGGACGAGGCCGUGGGGGUGGUGGUAGUGAUUAUGAGCCUGGAGAGGUCCGGCGUGAGCCGCAUCCGUAUUCUCGCACUGAUCGAUGCAAAGAUGAACCUGGAUAUAGAAUUCGUGCAGGUUCAAGUUCUCCAAUACAUCGUAGGGAUGCAGAUCACCGAUAUGGUUCCAAUUUUGGUCGCUCAGGUGGUCCAUCAAGAAGCCGUGAUUUUAGUAAUGGUAGGGAUCCUGGCAGAUAUCGAGGCUCUUCACCUCCUUAUAUUCAAGGACCAAGUGGUGGCAGGCAACGUAGCAGCAGAGAUGCUGAUGGGACUGGAUAUGGCCCUAGACCUAUCGGUGGUGAAGGACUGACUAGAAAUAAUCCUAAUGUGCGACCUAGGGAAGGAGACUGGAUAUGUCCAGAUCCUAUGUGUGGAAACUUAAACUUUGCAAGAAGAGAGUUAUGCAACAAUUGCAAGAGGUCUCGCUAUGCACCUGUGGGAAGUCCCCAUGGAGGCUACCCAGGUCCCCCGCCUUCACAUGCUCCUCCCAGGCGCUUUCCUAUUGAUCUAUCACCACCUCGCAGGAAUAUGAAUGGUGGCUUUAGGUCUCCUCCUCGUGGUUGGGCUAGGGACGGUCCCCGAGACUUCAGAGCUGCCGGUCCACCACCACAUAGGCAUGAAGGUAUUCUUUUCGAUCAUAGCAUGCACAGGUACCGGCUGGAUUAUAUAGACAACGACUACAAGGGGAGAGGUAGAUUUGAUAGGCCAAUGCCAAUGGAUUGGGGACAUAGAGACCAUGGAAGGGAUAACUUCUUCAAUUCAAGGAAAGGGUACGAGAGGCGACCACCAUCUCCACCUCCACUUCCUCCCCAUGACAGACCACGUGAUGUGAGAGAGAGAAGUAUGUCACCAAUCAGGGUUGCCCCUCCACCAAGAGAACUCCGUCGUGAUAUGUACCUGGAACGAGGAAGAAAGGAUGUACGAGGAGUGGGGCGAGACCGAAUGGGGGAUUCAUAUUAAGGCAAUGGUAGAAUCUUUAAUAUCGGCUUACUUGGACAUAAAUUUCUCUUGUUACAGUAGCUGGUUCCAAAUAAAUUGGGGGAUUAAAGCUUUGGUUGGGUUUAGUUUUCUUGUUGUAAACUUUUUAAGGGAACUUGGACUAAAUUCUCUGUGCUUUGGUCAUCAUUUUAUAUGUGAGGGUUCGUUCUCUAUUGCCACUGUUGACAUGGAGGGGGGAGUAGUUACUAUUGUAAGACUGUCAAUGCAGUGUAAAUUGAUGUUUUUGUGUUU